CAGAAAAGCAGAAGCUGUCUGGCACAGCAGAGACACUCAGAAAGAGACACCAAAAUUCCUCUUUGACAAUCAUGAGCAACAACAGCAGUAACUGCUCAACCAAAGAGGUGGACGAUCAAAUGAAAUACUUGGAGCUCGUCAUCUACAUUCCCAUAUUCAUAGUGGGGAUGGUUUUUAAUCUGGCGGCCCUGCUGGUUUACUGCCUGUGCUUGCGAAAGUGGACUGAGUCAACCAUCUACAUGACAAGCUUGGCUCUGAUGGACCUCCUCCUCCUCUUGCCUCUACCCUUCAAAAUGCAUGCUGCAUAUCAGAUGUGGCCGCAGGAAUUCCAGCACGCUUGUUCAUUUCUGGAAAACCUUUAUUUUGUCGGAACAUAUGGCGGUAUCUACAUGAUCAUGUGCAUAGGGGUUGACAGGUGGCUGGCAAUAUGUCACCCAUUCAAAGCCAAGCAGCUGCGCUCCCCCAAGGCGGCUCUCCUCACCUGUGUGGGGGUCUGGGUCCUGACAUUUACUGCAAUCUUUCCAGUCACCUUCAACUUGAGGACAAAAGUUAACGAACACUUCCACUGCUUCCACCGAUUUUCAGGAAAUGGCUGGAGUCCCAAAGUGAUCAUCUGCUUGCAAAUAUUUGGUUUCCUGGGGCCUGCGCUCAUUUUGGUGUGCUGUUCAGUUCAAAUCAUCUGGACCCUCCAGGAGUCCGGCCAGCGGAGCACCAAGAGCCAGGCCUGCGUCAAGAUCAUCUACAGCGGCCUGUGCGCUUUCUUGGUGCCGUUCACUCCGAGCCACCUGGCCAUCUUCCUGCAGUUCCUGGUACACCAGGAAGUGAUUAAGGACUGCAUCUCCAUGAAAAGUAUAAGCAUGUUUUUACAGACGGCCAUGUGUCUGUCCAACAUCACCUGUUGCUUGGAUGGUCUGUGCUACUACUUCAUAGCUGACGAGGUGAAAAACACGAAAAACAACUUCAGGAUGUCCAGACUGAGCCAAAGGAGAGGAAACUCCAGCACUUCAGAGGUCUGAAUGCUUGAGAGCAACAGCUAAAGAUAGGACUUGUGUGCGACGACCUGGGUCAUGUUCACUGUUGUUUUGUUGUUGUUUUUGUUUCUGUUUUCUUUUCUGAGCUGGCCAGUAAAACAAGAGCUUUUUCAAGUAGCUCUUGAAAAAGUUAGGUUGGCAUUUGACGCAACAGGAAGUGAACCAGGUCAACCUGCAAUGAAAAUUGACCAGCGAGCGGGAGCAGCAAGCCACCUGAUGCAUCUGUAACCUCAAAGAACGCCAAUAACCAAAGUACGGGCAGCAGAAAAGAAAACUUCCACUACAGAUGAUGAAAAGAGGGUUUUUUUUUCUUUAGAGGUGGCUGAGAAAACUUUCUAUCUCACUCCCUGAUGAGAAACUGACUCGUGGUAUGAUUCAUUUUAAAUCUGCCACAUGCGUGUUAUUGCAGAGCUUUGUUGUUUUGAUUCUCAAGAACAGUGGCGAAAAAAAAAGGAAGAAAGAAAGAAAGAAAAAUUCCUUAAAACAAGACCAAACAAUCACAGUUGACAAAUAUCAAACAAUAUUAUUUCAUUGGAUAUGCUUAUUAAACUUUUGGUCAACUGUCUAAAUGAAUACAUGUGCCAUAAAAAGAACAAGUAAUCCAAGUGGGAAGACUAUUUCUUGUUCGAUAUUUUAAAAAGAAUAACCAUAGAUUUUAUUUAUUUAAUCUUCUAUGUAACUAAAUAAGUGUCAAAGGCACACUAAUGAAGGCGUCUCAAUAUUUAUUCAUGAUGUUCCAAUACGGCAACACCAAAUUCAUCUGUGGUUUUGAUAAACAAUGCAAUAAACAUUUAUUGAUGCUAGCUGGUUACCAACAUUAACCCAUUAACAAAUAGCUAAAACAUUUUUGACUUUAUUUUUAUUUUUUGCUCUUUCUGUAUAUAACAAAUAGUUUAAGUAGUACGGAAGAAAUAACUGUGAAACUGAGCCUUAAAUAAUAGAGAGUAUUG